GUCAGCCGCAUCUGAAAGAAACUCGUGAUCAUCCGACAUUGUGAUUAGUUCGACGAAUAAGAAAAAACAGCGAACUUGAAAGACAUGGAUGAAAUUCAACUUAGCAAAGAUCAACUCUCUCAUCUGCAAAUGGCAUUUGACGCUUUCGAUCACGACAAGAAAGGAUGCAUUAGCACGGAUAUGGUCGGUACAAUUUUGGGAAUGCUCGGUCAUGAAGUCUCAGAGUCGGAACUCGCAGAAAUUAUAUGGGAGAUUGAUACGGAAGGAACAGGUAAAUUGAAGUUCGAGGAGUUUUGUAAGUUAGCGUCCCGCUUCCUUGAAGAGGAAACUGACAUCGAAGCGAUACAACAGGAGUUACGAGAAGCAUUCCGAUUGUACGACAAGGAAGGCAAUGGGUACAUUACUACAGAUGUGUUCAGAGACAUCCUUCAUGAACUGGAUGACGCGCUAUCUCCGGAGGAACUCGACAUGAUCAUAGAGGAGGUGGACACUGACGGAUCUGGCACGCUCGAUUUCGAUGAAUUCAUGGAGGUCAUGACAGGAUAA